AUGCCACCGACCACGAAUUCCGGCAUCGUGACGGACGCGACGAGCGGCGAGCGCCACAUCCCAGAGUCUGUCCGUCCAGACGGCACUACUCGAAAAGCAAUCAAGAUUCGGCCAGGCUUCCGACCCGUGGAGGACGUUGAACUAUACAGAGCCCGCAACGCUGUUGCACAGCGCGAACGCAGGCGAGUGGGCAUACCCGGGGUAGAGGCUCCCAAGGACGAGAACACACGGGUCCCAGAUGCUUCUAGCCCAAGCAAAGACACGAAUAGGUCUACACCCCUUUCCUGGAGACGGGAUGACGGUAACACCUCAACCACGCCCGCACCUAGCACAUCAGCCAGCAACAAGAAUGCGAAGCGGCGCGAGGCGCGCAGGAAGGCCAAGUCUACUGACUUGGGCGAUACAUCGCCUUUGGAGGGGAUAGAAAGUUCGGAGAAAACUGAAACACCUCAGGCUGAAGAAGUCGACCCCGAGAUAGAGCGUGAAAAGAAGGCUCGCAAUUUGAAGAAGAAGCUGAAGCAGGCCAAGGACCUCAAGACCAAGAAGGAUGAGGGCCAAGGCCUGCUUCCGGAACAGGUUGCAAAGGUUAUAAAGAUCAGCGAGCUGAUUCGGGAAUUGAACGCGCUAGGAUUUCAUGACGAAAGUGAGGUAAAGAAGGAUGCUGAGCCGGCAUGCAACAAGGGCAUUGCUUCGCGAUGA